GAAUAUUUUUCCAUCUUAAAUAUGUUGUAAUAUUCGGUUUGCCACGGAUUUUUGCCUUAGCUGAUAAUAUGGAACCAGCCGAUGGGCCAAUUUGUAUCAAUCGUUUAACGCUUUAUUCAAAAGCCUGGCGCUACUUUGAUCGGGGCCUCUAUAUUUGGAUUGCACUUAAUAUUAUUGGCUUAUUUAUGGAAUACGGUUGUAAAGGACUGUAUGGAAUUAAGGAAAUACGAGAGUGGCGCGAAAAAUAUAUCACCGAUAUAGCAUUUCGUCGUAUCAUUGCAUGCCUUCACAUCAUACCAUUCGUCCUUGGCCUUUACUCAAAUUUUUACUUCCUAGGCGGAUUUGAAGUAGGCUCAAUGUUUGUUGAACGCAUUUGGUAUGAGGAGACGCUAACAUUACGGUUUCCGGCUAUUUUAUUGAUUACAUUAGCAUAUUUCUACUCACAAGUGUGCAUUGAAAUUGACCGAAAACUUAAUUUAGCAGUAGUUACAAAUAAUUGUAAAAAGCACAGCUAG